CAAAGAUUGCUUUCGAGAGAGCGCCGCUGGAUUUUCGCCCCUUCCAUCCGGCAGGAACCUGCAAAUACGCCAAGAUAUGUCCCGGCGUCCGCCAGUUCCUCCCAACCGAACGCAGUCUCUUGUCACUCUCCUUCAUCGCCGACUGUUCCUCUCCCGCGUUACUUCCUGAGAGGUGUCGACUCGUGUAACUGCACAUUAGCAGCCGCUGAAACCCGCCGCUACGUAGCAAAAAAAAGUAUUCAUAUGCAGGCAUGUAUUCGGUGUGUGUGCGCAUGCAUUUUUUCUCGAAUGCAUCGCUGUAUCGCGGUUUCUUUGCGAAGUUCAAGAGUCCUUCCUGGCUCCGAUGGAAAGGCUCGAGUGUCAAGCUCGAGGUUUGACAUUCAAGAUUCGUCAGAUCGCCGCAGGUCGCGUCUGCGUCGUUCAGCGUUCCUGCUGGUCGCAGCUGCACAGUUUGUCGGAGGUUGUGGCACAGUAGAUGCGAGGGGAGUCUGGUGUCGGCCGAAUCGUCUGUGACCUGAAUGUUUCAUUCUAGUCUUUUGCGCGUGAUCAUAGACCUAAAUACCUCGUGUGAGUCGUGCAAUCUGUGCCGAAUACAGAAAAACGUCCUUUCGAGAAGGAAUGCCGCGCGCCUGUCUCAGUGUGCCAGGGGCGUCUUUCGCCGCGACAGCUCCUCUGUCCGCUGCGAGAGCGGCAGACACGGUCGCAGCGAGUUCUUCCGUCUCUGCGCCCGAAGAGGAGAAACAUGAGCAUUCGUCUCUUCCCGGGGAAAGCCGGGGAGAAAACGAUGCCCCGUUGGCUCCCCUCACGCCACAGGGAAGCACUGUGCCUGUUCAGACGGUCGACUCCUGGCCCGAAGCGUCGGCUCCAGCGGAGUCAAAUGCUCCCCCGAAUCCAGACGACGCACAAAAAUCUGAGAAAGAGAGUGCGAAAACAGAUUCUUCGUCCAAAGAAGCGUUAGAUGGGAGUCGGCUCAAUACGCAGCUCUGCCCAAAGACCCAUCCCUCCUCCCCAUCAGAAGAAAAGACUUUGGAACUCGCGCCGUCCAAGACGCUUCCGCAACCGUCACGAGACGCGCCUGCGGAGACCGGAACGCAUGAAGAUGCUCAAGUUCUCUCUAAUCCGAGGACUCAUGUGAAGGAGACAUCUUCCCUCUGUCGACCUGCACCUGACGACCAGCAGACAUCGUCUGCCGGGGCAGGAACAAACGAAUGCGCCGCAUGGAGGACGACGCAUGACCGUCCCUGUGGCUGGGCCGCUUCUUCCCUGCCCUGUGGGGUGUACAGACUCCCGAGGCCGCCUUCAGCGAGUACUUUUUCCGAUGCGUUUUCUGGCGCCUUGAACACUCUCCCGCCAACCCUCGCCUUCUCCGGGCCGUGCAAUCCGCACUCUCACAUGAGCGCAUGCAGUUCGUCUCUCGGACUCCACGAGUCCCCGGUACAUCCCUGUGUCCACAGCAGCUGGCUCUUCGCGUCCGACUGUCCAAACCGGCUUUGUCGCUGCCAGACGCGCGACGCGAGAAAGCACCAUUCACUGUUGCCUUGGCGCUGUCGCCGAGUUUUUCGUGAGAGACCUGCGGGACUCGGUAGGGACAGACGGGGGCCUUCGAGUGUCGCCAGCGAGAGCAGCCGCAGCGAAGACGACCCCAGCAGCUGCAGUGACGCCUCCUGUGCUGCUGAGCUUGUCUUCUCUCCAAAGCAUGCCUACCGUAUCGCCAGUGGGGACGCCGGAGCCGCCUGUGGGUGCUUUCGAGGCCGCACAAAGCUUCUGAAGCGAGGCAUCGCAUGUGAAGAGCGAAGAAAACAUUGUGAGACAGGCUACAGUCGCAGGCGCAUUCGACGCCGUAGAAGCAACAGUGCAAGCAGCUUCUCCAGUUUCCCUCACUCUCUGCGAAACGCCUCCGGUCUCCAUCUCCACCACCGUUCUCUGUGCCCCCAUGGAUGUCUCGACCCGGUUCAGACUGUGACGGAUUUCGCGCCUCCGUGGGUCGGACGGGGGAUCGUCGCAUGUCCGAGAAAGGGAGACUCUGCGCCUCUCAACACCCGCCAGUUCGUCAGGCUUCGCCAGAGACGCGGGCGCGAGGCGUUGAAUCCAGUGGAAGAGACAGAGAGAGACAUCAGGGGGCUGUCCCAGUCCUUUCCGCGCAGGCUUCCGCGCCGGCGGCUCCUGUCUGGUGGGAGGGCCUCCCCGGCGAUCACUCGAAGGCUUAGCGACGCAUGCAGCGAGAGCAGCACCGGCACCAAACACAUUCCCUGGGCUGGCGUCGUCACGAAGGAUGCAUGCAAAGCUGCGGCUUCAGCGCGCCGCGCCGCUCGCCAGUCGGUGGCUGACGCGAAGCAGCCCUCGCAGGUGAAGGCUGAGGGGUCCGUAGACACCCACGAUACUCCAAACUGCGGAGGCUCCGUAGACGGAAACCGCUGGGAUGGUGUCGCGAGGCGGGGGGAAGCUGACGACGACCCAGGUCGCAGUCUGAGUCUUGUUCAGGCUUCGUCUGAAGCGGAUAGAACUGCAGUUGAUUUGUGUAGCUUGGAGGUCAGAGGUGAGAAAGACGGCGCCUGUGAGGCGGGUCAAACGGAGUCUCAGCGCCACACGGGCCUCGCGCCUGGAGACAGGCUGCGAGCUGGUGAUCCCAGCCUCUCGAACUCGGCACAUGCAUUCCAAGAACAGCGACCAGAGGCGAAGUUCUCUCGGCCUCGCGCUUUACACACAGUGCCCCGGACGAUCGAUUGCUCCUUGAGCUUCCUCGACGAACAGUCCAAGUGCAGCAGCGGCUUCAGUCCGUGGAACGGGACCCUGUCGGGAACGCCUUCGCUCUUUUCAGACGACCUCACCUGUGAGUCGUCCACCACGCUCUUCACGGUAGACGGGAUCGGCCUCGCCGGUCCUCUGAGACUUCCUUCUAUCCCCCCUCCGCUUGCGGGGCCUUCUGCCUCUGCGUUAAACAGAGGCGCUGUCUCCUCCGUCUCCUCGGCUCCUGCGCCGCUUGCACCGCAUGGGUUGCCUGCAGGUGGCGAGGGGCGCCUCUGGACGGCGGAGAGCGGCCGCUCUUCCGGCAUCGCGGCAGGCGAGGAGCAAGGUGCAGAGGUCGGCCAGGUGGAUAAAGGCCUUGCUUCUGUACCUCGACCGGCGCAGUCGGUUUCAACUGAGAGAAGGGAGGGGGAGACGAUGAACCAUGAGCCUCGGCUUGUCUCGGACUUGAUUCAAAACGCAGGAGAAACAGAAGAAGUCUGCUUUGGUGUCGGGAUGUCGUCGCUGGGCGGCGAUGCACCCACGUCAGGGUCACGGAGAUUCUCCCGCAGUUCCACGCCUCGCUUGGGGUCUGCUGGAACAUCUCUUGGCAUUUCAAACACUCGACAGGAUGUUUCUUCUCCUCCAGACACGGCGUUUGAGAAACCGAGGGACGCUCGUUGGACGUCGCUUGCGUCUCCGAGGGAGUUUGUGAAGAGCCAGCUCGUGGAAGAGCGACCAGCAGAGACCCGAGGUGGACUUCCUCGGCUGCUGCCCCGAAUCAUCUACGACCCUUCAAACGAAGAAAUAGGGAUGACCUGCAGCAGCCACAGAAGCAGCAGUGUGCAAGACACCCCCACAGCUAGCGCCGGUGCGAACGAGACGCCUUCAGUCUCUGCCUUCGAGCUGGAAAGAAAUCUUGAAAAAGCAGACAGAUCGGCCUCUGCAACGGAGCAGCUAAAAGGCCCCACCCCCUCGAGUCUUUCGAAGGAGACAGCAACGCUAGCUGGGGCACCUCAGGAGGCGCGAUUGCCAAGGUCCGGAGAAGCAGAAACGCGAGAGCCAAGAAGAAAGCGAGAGGAGACGCAGGAGACAAGAGGCAAGCGCGAGAGACAGAAAGGAGGGGAAGAAGGAAAACAAAUGCUCGGUGAGGCAGGAGACGCGAUUGUCGUCGUCGGAAGGUCGACAGACCGAAAAGAAACAGAAAUGCUUCGCCAGGCAGAGGCAACACUCCCACUCUUUGCUUUUUCUCUCUCCUCUCUUGCUCUGGACAGAGACGGCGCCUCAGAGUCGGAGGUGGACGGAGGAGCAGAUCAGCGGGCCUUUUUAUCUCUGGAUGCAGAGCCGGGGAACGGCGAGACUGCGAGGCCUCUCUGUGGAAGAGAUCUCCCGCCCUCCGCGCCGAGCUUCGCUGAUACAUUGCCGAGUCCGGACCGAAGGGUGUUGAAAGAGUUUGCGCGUUUUCCAGGGGACACUGGAUGCACAGAAGGACUGCCUUCGCUUCUCAGUGGUCAGGGAUUCAAAAACAGGGAAGGAAACCGGAAAGACGAGGGAGCUGCGGAGCAGAAGGAAGCGAGGAAAUCUGCAACUGAGGAGACCGUGGGGAGUGCAGGCUCCGGACCUCAAAGGACAAGGCCGUCGCGCCGCGGCGCCGACAGCGACGCGACGACGGUUGUGCCUCCAACCGGUGGGGCUCCAGAGGAGCGCGGGACUGACAGCAGCCGCGUCGACACAGAAGGCUCUCCAAGCAGCUGUGAAGACUGGACGAAGGCGGAGCAAAGCGUCGAGGAUUUCCAGGAGACAGCGGCCGAGGCGCGUGUACACCGGGCCGCGAGUCAGGAGCCAGAAAACGCGACAGGCGUCGAAUCACAGGACUUGCGCUACGCGGCAGACAAGUAUUGCCCCGCGGGUGCAUGCAUGAGCUUCGUGCUCCACUCUGAGCUUCUCUCUUCGGACGCAGAGAGCGACGCGUCUCGCCGCGCGGCCGGAGGAAGGUGGCUAGGAGAAUGCGCAGCUUCUCUCAUGGCGAGGAACCGAGACCUUGGGGUCUCCUUGGAGGGAGAGGGAAAGCGAGAAGUGAGAGACGAUCUGCCUUUGGCUCUCCCUCGUGAGGGCGAUGAUUUGGUUGGCCGUUUUUGCACGAACUUAGUCGACCGGAACACGAGGAGAGACAGACUCGCUGCGCGCCGAAGUUGCUCAGUCGAUUCCGCCUUCACCGAGCAGCCUCUGGAGCCUCCCCGAAAGAGUUCCCUGGCUUUUGAAGCAGCUCACGAUAUCCAUGCACCUUCUCGUCCAAACCCAGCGCCCGCAGAUGCAUCUUUUCCUCCCACAGCGCCUCGAGCAACGGCGCCACCUACGCCUGCUGUUCCAGCUUCAGAGGUCUCUUCCACACUCGUUUUCAGCUUCUCCGGGUCCGAAGGCGUCACGGUCCUCGAGCAAUGGGGAGGAAGUGCAGCUCAGCUAGCCACAGAGAAAGUUGCUGCAUGCGCCGAUGCUGGAGAGCCUGGCGCUCCGAGCUUCUCGCUGCAGGCCUCCGGGGGGCCGCCACACCCUGGAGGGCAGAAGCCGCCGCAGCCAGGAGCUGGAGGGGAGGGGAGGGAGGGAGAGAUUUUGGAGAAGAAGAGAAACUCAAGUGAGUCCGAGGAAGGCCGCGAGGACGAGCAAUUCGAGAAGGCGGAGUCGAACGAGUGUGGAGGAAGCGCUCCUUUUUUCUCUCCGUUCGAGGAGACCCUUGGUCCCCCCGAUCCUCCUCUACCAGCAGCUGCACCGGAACGAAUUCCGCCGAGCACUUGGGACGCCUCGGUCGAUUUCAAUAUGGUUGGGGGCGAGGUUUGUGUGUACGCGGAGGACUGCCCUCAGCGCUCAGAAUCGUUUGCAUGCAGGGUGAAGGACUCGAAUGAAGUGAGUGGAAAGGCGUCUUUCUUGACCUCUGUGUCGGAGGGGAGAAAGGCGCCGUCAGCAGAAGAAAAGAGCGUCGCCUUCGCAGGUCUUUCUCGUGCUCCACCUCCAGGUUCGACAGCGAAGCGCGGCGGAGCAGUCCCUUCGCAUAUUCCUCUUCCUGCCUUGUUUUCGAGUUUCUCAGGCUCGCCGGAGACUCGGGGCCUCGCGCCUCUUCUCUCUUCGUCGGCCUCCCUGGACACUGCCUCGCCGUUCGUUGACUCUUCUCUUCUGUCCUUUGCUCGAGAGGAUCCGUCGGCGACUCGGGUGAACUCGAAAUCAACUGCAAAAGCAAACGGGCGAGAGAAUGAAACUGUCGCAUCCAGCGUGAUUUCCAGAUUCGCUGCUCCGUUUUCUCCUUCCCCCGAUGCCUCGGCGACAGCGUGUGUGUCUCCAGCUGUGCGGUCCCAGGAGACACUCCCAGGCCUGCGCCAGGACCUUUCUCUCUCUCCCCUUCGCGCGUCGUCUCUCGCUUUCCUCUCUCCGUCGCCGCUCAAGGAAGAAGAGGCAUGGGGAGCAAAUGGCGAGUCCACCGUUAAAGGAGCGAGAAUGGGAUGCGCUGUCUGCGGUGCAUGCGGCAGCUCGACGGCGCGCCAGCCUCGCAGGUCUGCGGUUUCUUCUAGACUGCAGAGCGUGGAGCAACGCGCGGUCGAGGAGUCGGAGUGCGUCUGCCCGCUCGACACCCAGGCCUUGAGAGCCUUGAAACUCCGAACCUGCUGGGGCCUCGUGGAGGUUACACGAGAAGGCGAGUUCUGUUUCGCCUUCAAAGCUCGCUCGGAGCUGCGCGACCUGUACACGCCAGCCGAGAGACAGCCGUCGUCUGCGCUGCUGAGUCCCUCUCUUUCAGGUGGGUGUCUGAGAGGCGAAGACGAGUUUGACGUUUGUCCGGUCUCCGUCUGGCCGUCUGCUUCCCCAUGUCGCGGGGCUCGACAACUCGCAGGCGCUCUUGGAGCGCCGCAUGCGUGCUCGAGUGGGGGAGAACGCGAGACCGACAGAGACGCUGCUUCAACGGAGACAGAGAAAAAGCCUGUUCGGAAGGCAGCCGUCGAGCUUCUGUUUGUUGUAGAGCCAGGAGGUUGGUCAGUGCGCGUUCAGGAAUUCGGACAAUCUUCGCCCGGACGCGUCUUGAAACGCUUCCACGUCGAGUGCCUCUCAGGCCGCCAGGCUCUCCGGUACCAGUACGCAUGCGAGAUUGUGGAGUGUCUGAAGCAGAACUCGCCGAAAGUGAUUUUGAAGAAGUCUGGGGUCGGCCUCUUCCAGCUCAUGAGCAACGCGCCCGCGGAUUUCACUGCGACUUUCACUUCCACCUUCUCGCUCUUCAUUUCCUCGAUUCACUUGCGGCGAGGCGUCGUCUGCAUUCAAUCGCGUCUAGGCGACGCUCUCCACCUCCCGGCAGACGAUGUAGCUCUCCUCACGCAGAGCCCGGAGCUCGAGCCGCUCGACAGAGAAGCUCUGCUUCCCGAGAACUCCAGUUGCUCUGCAGGCCAAGAAAAGUUCUUCUCGCACAAUCCCUGCACGCUCCGCCGAGACACUCAGAGCUGGGCCUCUUCGAGCUUCGCGGAUUCUGAGGAGGCACUCAGCUCACGGUGGGGCAGAAGCACAGCGACGAGAAGUACUGCAUGCAGUUGGACUAGCACUCGAUUCGAGUCUCGCGCCGAGGCCUUGGGAGAGGGAAAAACACUGAAAGGGAGGGAGGGAGGUGAGUCUGACAGACGGAGAGAGACUGCCGAGGAGACCGUCGUCUUUUCGGGUACGAAUGCCGGCGAGUUCUCGUUUGGACCCUGCGCCUCCUCGGCGGGGCAUCUGUCCUCAGCUUUGCGGGGACCUGGCGAGACGAAGAAACGCGCAAGCGAGAGUGGAAAAGAGAAGAAGAGACGACAAUGGGAAGAAGUUCGCGGCGCCCUAGCGGCAGCCCAGUUGCCAGUUGCUUCAGUGGUACAGGCAUGGCAAGUCGUUUUGAGAGCUUUUGCUGUCUGCUGCGAAGAAGAGCAGCGGGGCUGGUGUACGUACACCGCAGCGCUGCAGCAGAAGCUGAGGGAGAUCCAGCGAGACGACGGGGAGAGGCCCUCAGACGCGGCAGACCUUUGGGGCGGGAGGCAUUCAGAUAAAGAGGAAGGGAAAGAUAGAGAGAAUUUGGAUGUCGCGCAAAUGCGCAGACAGAUCUACCAGAGCAUCUUCCCCAUCUCUGUGAAACGAAGGAGCCAGUGGUGGACUUGAGAGAGCUUGAUGGUGCGUUUUCACUUGAAGAAGGGAAGUUGGGUGCGCUGGAUCAGGCGCUGUGGCGCCUCGUGGCUCGAGCAAACGAGGAAGAUGGAGAGUUUCGUGAUGAGGUUUCCGGAGGAAACGAAACAGAGAGAAUGUCAAAGACAGCUGUUUCUCCGGAAGAAACUUGCUGCUUUGCUGGUGGAAAAAGGACGGAGAGAAGUCGAGGGCAAAUCGGGUCAUGUAGCGAAGCCGCUGGAGAAAUGAUCCGGGGGAUUCGUCGCGAGACAAGAAACGCCUUCGCUCGUUCAAAGCACAGGGAAGAGGAAAAGCAAAACUAGUGAGGUUCUCUUGCUUCUGUCACAGAGAGAUAAUAAGAGAAGCCGAGGAAAAGUGGAGAGGGCUGCAAGUUCGGGGCGCGUAGGGACUUGAGGUUCACGGUGGGGGGAGGGAGGAUGGAGGAGGACGAGGUCUCGUAUUUUUUCCAAAAGAUUUCUUCCGAGAUUUUUCCAGACAAAGGAAAACAUGCAGAACGAAUUUCAAAAGGGAACUGAAGGCGAAAAUGCCAUGUCAUUCGUUUUUUCAAGGUGCUUUUCAACGCGAGUUUUGCCGUGGUUGUUUGUAACGACAGCGGAGACGAGGUAUCUGUUCGGGUCGAGGCACUGCGUUGCAACUCUGAGCAACAUCGGUAAUCUUUAUUUGACUUUUUCAGGGAAAAAGACGCGAGCUUUCUCACUGGUAUGCAGGCCUUGUUUUCAGGAAUUACUUUUGAGCGGAGGGCGGUGGGGGCAGCGAUGUUUUUCACGGGCCAAAGAAAAGCGGCAGUUGUCCUACACAGGAGAAGUGGAUCCGC